GAUUGCAGUACUGAAUGGUCUGAUUUUUUCUUAAAGGGGCAGUAGAAGGAAACGCAGAGAUGGAGCUGAGGGGAGAAAAAAGGAGGGAGAGAUAAGUGAUCUGAAGAAGAGGAUAGGACAAAAAAAAAACCUGAUGAUGAUGAAUUCAUUGGAAAGUUUCUUGGCCCUUGGUGAGGGUGUCAGAUUGAAUGCUCUUUGCGCAUGUGCGGAGGUGUCUGCACUGACAAUGCUUGGGAGAUGAAGAUAGUGUAUAGCUUGCUUCUGGGCUCAAGGAGGAGGAGAGGAGUCUACACAAGCCGAGAAGAUGAGAUCCAAAGCAAGGGCGAGGAAACUGGCCAAAAGUGACAGUGACCUUGUAAAUAAUAUGUAUGAGCCCGACCCGGAUCUCCUUGCUGGUGAAAGUGCAGAAGAGGAGACAGAGGACAGUAUCAUGUCCCCCAUACCAGUAGGACCUCCCUCACCAUUCCCCACCAGUGAAGACUUUACCCCAAAGGAAGGGUCACCUUAUGAAGCUCCUGUAUACAUUCCAGAUGACAUUCCAAUCCCUCCUGACUUCGAACUAAGAGAAUCCUCAAUUCCUGGAGCUGGUCUGGGCAUUUGGGCCAAAAAGAAGAUUGAAAUGGGUGAAAGACUUGGACCAUACAUCAUGAUGCAAAAGACCACAAUAAAAGAGUCCAAUCUAGGAUGGGAACAAAUUCUGCCUGACACAGAAGUGACAUCACAAGAUGGCUGCCUCAGAAAGAUUUCAGAUGAAAUGGGAAAUGAGAAAUUGUGUGUAGACAGCAACCAGACUGGAAAUGGAAACUGGCUCAAGUUUAUAAGGAUGGCUUGCUCGUGCGAUGAUCAAAACCUUGCUAUCUGCCAUCUAAAUGACCAGCUCUUCUAUAAAGUUAUUAAAGACAUUGAGCCUGGAGAAGAAUUAUUGGUUUAUAUGAAGGAGGGACAUUUUUCCCAUGAAAACAUGCCUCCUAAUCUUGAUGAGGAACAUACUUUUCGCUGUGAGGACUGCGAUGAACUCUUCCAGUCCAAGCUGGAUUUGAGGAGGCACCAGAAAUAUGCCUGUAACACGGUCAACCACAUCUAUGAGUCCCUGAGUGAAGAGAUCAAGCAAGAGAGCUUUGAUAAUGAACAAGUGCAUGAAUGCAAGGAUUGUGAACGUCUCUUUCCUAACAAAUACAGUUUAGAACAGCAUAUGAUAAUUCACACUGAAGAGAGGGAAUACAAGUGCGAUCAGUGCCCGAAGGCCUUCAACUGGAAAUCAAACCUGAUUCGCCAUCAGAUGUCACAUGAUAGCGGCAAGCGUUUCGAGUGUGAAAACUGUGUAAAGAACGAAUCGUGGUUACCAAGUGAUCUCCAUCCCAGAUUACCCCUAUAUUUGAACUGCAGCAACAACACUGAAGCGGAACCGCACACACCUAAAGUAGACGUAUUUACUGACCCCAGCAACCUCCAGCGCCACAUCCGUUCCCAACAUGUCGGAGCACGGGCACAUGCUUGUCCUGACUGUGGUAAAACCUUUGCCACCUCCUCAGGGCUCAAACAGCACAAGCACAUUCAUAGCACUGUUAAACCUUUCAUAUGUGAGGUCUGCCAUAAAUCGUACACACAGUUCUCGAACCUGUGCCGCCAUAAACGGAUGCACGCAGACUGUCGCACACAGAUUAAAUGCAAAGACUGCGGACAGAUGUUCAGUACUACCUCCUCUCUUAACAAGCACCGACGCUUCUGUGAAGGAAAAAAUCAUUAUAACCCGGGUGGGAUAUUUGCCCCUGGUCUGCCCUUAACACCGACUUCUCUGAUGGACAAAUCCAAGCCUUCACACAAUCUUAAUCACUCUAGCCUUGCUUUUAAUGAUUAUUUUCCAUCUAGGGGACAUCCAGGUAGCUUACCAUUCUCUCCUGCACCACCCCCUUUUCCAACCCUGGCACAUGGAUUUCCAGGACUUUUUCCACCAUCCUUAUACCCUAGACCACCUUUAUUACCUCCUUCUCCGCUGCUGAAGAGCCCAAUGAACCAUACAAGAGAAGCAAAGCUUCCCAGCCCUUUAGGCAAUCCCCCACUCUCUCUAAUGUCCUCAUUGAACAAUAGCAACCAGCAGGUUUCACUUGAGGAAAAGUUUGAAAGUAGUUUGGAAAAUUCAUACAUGGAUAAACAUAAAUCAAGGAGCAGUGAUUUAUCUGAUGGAAGUGACUUUGAAGAUGUCAACACAACUUCUGGGACAGAUCUGGAUACCAGCACUGGCACUGGUUCAGAUUUAGACAGUGAUGUGGACAGUGAAAGGGACAAGAACAAAGAGAAAAUUAAACCAGUGGACAACAAGCAAGAUAUUGUUAGUAGUUCAGUAUCCAGUAGCUCAAACAACAACAUAGGUGAACGACCAUUUUUCUAUUCACAACAUUCCUUCUUUCCUCCACCGGAAGAGCAGCUACUUCCAACAAUGGGAGCAGCCAAUGACUCCAUAAAAGCUAUUGCAUCUAUAGCUGAGAAAUAUUUUGGACCUGGUUUUAUGGGCAUGCAAGAAAAAAAAAUGGGCUCACUCCCCUACCAUUCCAUGUUUCCCUUUCAAUUCCUUCCUAACUUUCCUCAUUCUUUGUACCCAGCUUUUACUGAAAGGACAAUGAAUCAUAACCUCUUGGUGAAAGCAGAACCAAAGUCACCCAGGGACCUUCAAAAAGUUGGUAGCACUAGCUCAGAGUCACCAUUUGAUCUCACCACCAAGCCAAAAGAGAUUAAGUCAGCCUUAAUACCACCUAAGGUUUUGGCUCCACCAACCUCAGGAGAGGAACAGCCUCUGGACCUCAGCAUUGGUAACAGGAGUAGAGCCAGUCAGAAUGGGACUAGGGAAUCUAGGAAGAACCACAUUUAUGGUGAUCGGAAAUUGGUGGCAAGUGACAUGCUUGCAAAAAUCCCUCAAUCUCCUCUUCCACAGCAGCCCCCUCUUCACUACGCAAAACCUUCACCUUUUUUUAUGGACCCUAUAUACAGCAGGGUGGAAAAGCGGAAAGUGACAGAUUCUGUGGGGUCAAUGAAGGAAAAGUACUUAAGACCAUCACCUUUGCUUUUUCAUCCCCAGAUGUCAGCCAUUGAAACCAUGACCGAAAAGCUGGAAAGUUUUGCCAACUUGAAAGCAGAUACAUCAAAUUCAUUGCAACCUCUUCCUCACCAUCCGUUCAACUUCCGAUCCCCACCACCAACUCUAUCGGAUUCCAUCUUACGGAAAGGAAAGGAGCGAUACACCUGCAGAUACUGUGGCAAGAUCUUUCCUCGAUCGGCAAAUUUGACAAGACAUCUCAGGACCCACACAGGAGAGCAACCAUACAGAUGUAAAUAUUGCGACCGGUCAUUUAGCAUCUCCUCCAAUCUUCAACGGCACGUCCGGAACAUUCACAACAAGGAGAAGCCAUUUAAGUGUCACUUGUGUAACAGAUGUUUUGGACAACAGACCAAUCUUGACCGACAUCUUAAAAAGCAUGAACAUGAAAAUGUUCCAGUGAGUCAGCAUUCUGGACUCAUUACAAACCACCACGGGACCAGUGUCUCCUCCCCCAAUUCAGAAAAUCAUGCACUUUUAGACGAGAAAGAAGACUCCUAUUUCUCAGAAAUCCGAAACUUUAUUGCAAAUAGUGAACUGAAUCAAUCAACAAGUCUAGGAGAAAAAAGGACAGAAAUUCAAGAUAUUGAUAGCAGUUCUAAAUGUUGUGGAUUAGCCAACCAGAAACCUGAAGAAGCAGAUGAGGAAGAUGAUGAUGACUUGGAAGAAGACUAUGAAGAUGGAAGUCUGACAGGAAAGUCACAAGAUGAAACUGCCUCACCAAUCAUGGAAGCACAGGAAGCAUACGAAGAGGAUGAGGAAGAUGAAGAACCCACAUCCCUCACAAUGAGCUUUGAUCACACCAGAAGGUGUAUUGAGGAGGAAGAUGCCGGCCUGUUAGAUAUGGAGCAGAUUCCGAAUUUUGUGAAAGGGUUGGACCUUCGAAAAACUGCAGAGGAUGCAUUUGAAGUAAAAGAUGUGUUUAAUUCCACCUUAGACUCUGAGACAUUAAAAGAAACUCUGUACAGGCAGGCUAAAAACCAGGCUUAUGCAAUGAUGUUAUCCCUUUCUGAAAAUGCUCCUCUACACACUCCUUCCCACAAUUCACUGGACGCUUGGUUGAACAUGGCUGGAGCGACAUCAGAAUCAGGGACUUUUAACCCAAUGAACCAUUUGUAAAUUUACAAAGAAUGCAUAUAAAAAUAAUUUAUAGUGUUACAAUACCAUCGUCCUAUGAGAUGCUAGCAAAUGCAGAACACAUUUUGAAGGCAUCGGGAGAUCUUCUCUGUAUUUAGGGAGACAAUGCUUGUGCGUGUCCUACAGCUUCUCCAUUCUUUUCUCAUCCACUUUCUGCUGAUUCUUUCAAAAAAAGUUGAAGAAGUCCGGGUUUUAAGAAAAGGUCAUAGAUCUGGACAUCGUAAGCU